CUCCUCAGUCUGUCUCAGCCAUCGCUGUGCUUCAGAUGGAGGCUGCAGUAUUCUGCUGAGUAGCAGUGAGCCAGCAUUUGCCUGUGAGUCCUGAAGUGAGAACUACAGCCUCCAUAAUCCUCCUGCUGAGCUCAGACUGUUGACUGGCCUAGACUGGCGUCCUGUGGAACCUUGGGAGUCGCGGUCCUCACUAACUGUCUCAGCAUCCACCACUAGCCAGAGACAGGCACAGGGUGACGUGUCAUGACAAGCAUUAGAGGGAGAGAAAGUAACUGAAGAAGCAUGUCAGGCCUCGAUGAUGGCGACGUGUUUGACCUGAACGAGGCGGUACCAGAGACUGAGCUGCUGGAUAACAGCAUCCAGAAGGGCAGAGCUCAACUGUCCGUCAAGACCAGGCGGCACCGACCCUCCAGGUCUCAUUAUCGUGACAGCGUGAGCUCCACAGAGGGAGAUGACAGUCUCGACAGAAAGGACAGUAUAACACAAUCUGCUCGCUCACCUCUUCACUUGACCAUGCGAGGUUCCUCCCCCUCCCCUGAUACAUUGCUGUUGGUCCGAAGCCCUGGAUUCACCUUUGACACUUCACUUGUGCGACGCUCUCCAGAGGAUGGAGGCACAUCAUUGACUGCUCCUCCAAGGGGGCGGUACCGCCAGCUGACCAAUGCCACAUCACAGGAAACUCUGGUGACGCCCACCAGCUCACCCUCCAAGUCCUGUCCCUCCUCUGACUGCUCACCAGUGUACAUGAGGAGGAACAGGAGGCCAGAUAGCGAAGUGCUGGUGUCUGAUAUGAGCCGUGAUACCAGUCCAGCAGAUCCCAGAAGUCCGACCGUCAUAUUUGACAAGAAAACCAAGAGACGCUUCCUGGACCUGGGGGUGACUCUUAGACGUUCAUACAUCAGGGUGAGGAAGGACAAAUCGAACAGGCUGUCUGUAGGCAGCAGAGAACCAUCUGACAGUCCGUCUCGCUCCUCUGGAUCCUUUGUCCCAUUCUCCUGGUUCAAUGAGGGACGGGGAUUCUCCUCCUCUGGGACUCCCCCCUGCUCCCCCAAAAUCCCCCCACUGGGCUCGCCAAGACCUCGCAAGUCCCACUCCCAGGAGUCUGUGCUCAGCGAGGAGUUUUCUCCUGCUCACACUUCCUCCUCCACCUCUCCUCCGAUUGACUCGUCCUCCACAUCCUCCCAUCCAUAUCACACCCUGUCCCAGUCCUCGGACGAGCCUUGCGACGAACCCACCUGCAUUGUGUCGUCAUGGACGACCCAGCAGGUCUGUCAGUGGCUGCGAGGCCUCAACAUGGAGCAGUACAUCCCAGAAUUCAGUGCAAGAGAUGUGGAUGGGGAACAACUGCUGCAGCUGGACGGCAGCAAGCUGAAGGGCCUGGGCGUGUUUAGUUCGUCGGACCGCAGCACGUUGAAGCGUCGCAUCAAGGAAAUUCAAAGUGCAGCAGAGAAAGAAAGAAAAGCUUUGGACAAAUUGGAGAAACAAAAAGAAAAGCAGCGAAGGAAAGACCAGGAGCAGCGUAGGAACUGAAGCCCAUCCUGGAAAGUCUGACACUGGUUUACAGACCUGAAAAACCUGGAAAACCCAAAAAAUAUUCUGGAAAUCCAGUUCAAAGCAGCACCACAAAAGAAGAAUUCUCAAAAAAGCGGCUGAUAAAAAAUAAAGUUGACAUGAUGACAUGUUUCAGGUUCUUAAUGAACAAAACCUGGAGUCAGAUUAAUCACAAUAGACGUACAUUCACAUUAGGUUUUUAUUUAUUAAUAUUUAAUCAAUUAUUUAUCUUUUGAAACUCAAAACCUACAUUACACACAUUAAGUAAUUACUUUUUAAGAUAAAAAAUAAACAUCCAACCUGUUGAAAAAAAACUUUAACACCAUCAUCUAAUGAGAUGAGAAAAUAUUUAAAGAAAACUUCCGUUGAGAAACAAGUGUGUUUUGGCUUUAAAUUUAAUUUCUAAAAACAAGACUUCGGGUGUCACCAUCCCCAGCAGCCGGGAGAUGGUGCCUCCAGGGGAAGUGUGUCAGAAACGUGGGUUGGUGAGAGGCUGAAGUAAACUGGAAUCCAUCCUCUACUGAAUAUGAAUCGCUGUCCAUGUGAGGACAUUAAAAGACUGUGAAAAGCA